AUGUCUUUCCUCCUUCAGUCACGCCCAUUGGGCAUCGGUCUCGGUCUCAGCGCAGCUUUCACAGCCCACUCCCUCCUCACUCCUAGAAGAAGCCUCAUCUCUUAUUGCGAUGCCAGUCCCGCUGCCCUGAACUCAUUCACAUCCAAUGCCAAAACACCAGUGGUGAAUCGCAGAGGUGGUCUCAAUCCCGCAGCCGUGCGCCAGAUCUCGAGUGGAAGUAUCGCUGGUGUAUUGGGCGGUAUGGCUGUUUCUCUGUUCUCUAAACCCUUGGCUUUGCUGAUCGGUCUUCUUAUCGUUGGGGUCCAGUUUGCUGAGUCACAGUUGGGUAUUAGCUUGAUCCCUUACAACCGCAUGCAACGCUACGUCAAAAGCAUCGACCUACGCUCAAUGAUGCAGGACAAUGUGGCCUUCAAGCUGGCCUUUGGCUCUACGUUUGCGUUGACUGGAUUUGCUCAGUUGUAA